AGACGGUAUCAUAUAUUUUAUCGAAAGAGUGCGGUCACUGACAACGAACGGAUAUGCAUAUCGGUAAAACAAAGAGGGAGAGAAUCAUGUUCAUUUUUCUUUGGUAUGCGUAAUGUGUUUAUCGAAUUUAUCGAAAUUUUUUCUUCGUCAUUCGGUACGCGAGUAAUCAAACGACGAACACGAAAAUAUAGACAUAAAAUCUUUUUGCCACAAAUUAUUCGUUUUCGUUGUAUUAACACAUUAGUUUCUUCUUCGAAUAUAAUCGUCUUUUCAUUCGGUGAAAUAAUAAUAAAAAUGUCGGUGAUCGUUCAUUACGCAGUCGUUGCAUUUUGGGAGAAAUCUGGUUGCAAGAUCGUCGCAGAUUACUUGGUCGAUCCCGAAGCCGAUUGUCGUGAAAUUGCUUUAACUACGAUACAGGACAUUAAGAAUCUUGAAAACGACAGGACCAGCCUCGAUCGGGGCAAAUAUAUGGUGCAUCUAUUGAUCGGAGAACUACAUUAUGCUUGUUUGACAAUAAAACCAGAAUCUUCAUUGGCAGUAUCCCGAUUAGAAUCCUGUUCUCAAAUCUUUCUUGACAGGUUGAGAAAUAUUUACAGAGAGUUACCGAUACUUGCUGAUCUAUCGAGGGAUCUAACUAAUCUAGCCGUCGCAGAUCUUUCUAAACCACUUCAACAAAUUAUUGACGAAUACAAUCAGCAGGAAUUAAACGCUAUACCAAAAUUGGAGACCCAAUUAGUCGAAAUACGACGUAUGUUAAUGGAUGGUAUUCAAAAAUUGAUAGACAGGGGUCAAAAGUUGGAUGAUCUACUUCGAAAGACGCAAACUUUACAAAUCACGUCGAGGAAAGAUUUUCACGUGGCUACAAAGAUACCACGAAAGAAGAACGUUUUCUUGGCUGCCACAGCAGCCACACUGAUGUUUUUAUCAACAUCCCUUUUUGUUUUUUUAUUGUACAUAGGUAUUUUGUAAAAUUUU